AGUAACCUUUUUAUUGCGAUUUCCAUGUAUUGUGAUAGUUUUGUAAAAGUAAACAAGACCACGAUCUUCUUUAUUUUUCUCUUAUAUGAAAUACAUGAUGCAUAUGAAGCGUGAUAUCUAGAGAUUGUAGAUAUUAAGUUGCUUAGAGAAAAGAUGGAGGAAGUUUUAAAGGAUGACCGGUUUGCUCAUGUGGCAAAGGACCCUCGAUUCCGCAAGGUUCCACUGAAAGAAAGGAAAGUCAAAAUCGACAACAGAUUCAAGCACAUGUUCAAGGAUAAGAGGUUUAAGAUGAAAUAUACAGUUGAUAAAAGGGGCAGGCCAGUGAAUCUUACGACAAAUGAGAACUUGAAGAAAUAUUAUGAACUAUCGGAUGAAGACAGUUCUGAUGCAAAUGAAGAUGUGGAUGAGGAUGAAGAAGAUGGCAAUGUUAAUGAUGCAAGAGAUGAGGUGCCAAAACCCAAAGAGAAAAUAAAAGCUAAAAGAAAACCGAAGGAAGGAAAACUAAAAGUGAAACACAAGAAACUAGUCAAAGGGAAACAAAAUGAUGAAGACAGUUCUGAUGCAAAUGAUGAUGUGGACAAGGAUGAUGAUGAUGAAGAUAAUGGGGAUAAUGCAAGUGAUGAGAUCUCAAAACCUAUACAGAAGGGAAAAUCUAAAGGGAAACAGAAGAAAGUUGAAGAUCUGGUCAAAGGGAAACAAGUUCCUGAUGCUGUCACAAAAAAGAAACAGGACAUAGAAGAUGAGGAUGACUCAGAUGAAGAAAGCGAAGAAGAGUCAGAAGAGGACUUUCCAACCAAUGACAGUGGGGUGGAUCUUGCAAGAGGGGUCGGCAAUGCCUACAGCAGUAGUUCUAGUGAUGACGAUAGUAGUGAGGAUGACGACGACGAUGAUGGUGGCAAAACUGUUGAUGAUUUUGACCAUGGCUGGGGUGAGAGGGACGAGAACGUGGUUGCUAUGGAGGAGGCCACUUGCCGACUAGCGGUGUGCAACAUGGACUGGGACCGUAUGAAGGCCAGGGACAUCUACAUGCUACUCAACUCAUUCAAGCCCACUAAGGGCCUCAUAAAGUCUGUCAAGGUCUAUCCAUCUGAGUUUGGCAAGGAGAGAAUGGCUGAGGAGGAGAAGCAGGGCCCAAAGGAGCUCACAGAGAUCAAGAUUGAGGGGGAUUUUGAGGAGGAGGAUGACGAGGGGAGGACUGAAGAUGAUGAAGGCACCAGUUACCACAUGGAGAAGUUGCGUGAGUACCAGCUGAAGCGUCUACGUUACUACUAUGCCGUUGUGGAGUGUGACACUGCAGCUACUGCAGACACCAUCUACAAGGAAUGUGAUGGUCUCGAGUAUGAGUCCUCAUGUACCAGGCUCGAUUUACGCUUCAUUCCCGAUGAUAUGGAUUUUGAGGAGACAGAUGUGACGUCCUCCUGUACUGAAGCCCCUGCUAACUACAAACCCAUUUUCUUCAAUAACGCAGCCCUGUCGCAAUCCAAAGUUGACCUGACAUGGGAUGAGACAGACCGUGAGCGUGUGCAGCUGACGGCUGAACAGUUCUCCAAGAGUGGGGAUGAUAUUGAGGAGGAGAACCUGAAGGCUUACCUGGCAUCCAGCUCUGAUGAAGAAGCACCUGAUUAUUCCACUGCUGCUGCUGAGGAUGAUGAUGAGGUGGGUGGCUCAGGUGAUGAGGACAGGCAGAUCAACAAGUACAAGGCCCUUCUACUGGACAUGGACAGACAACAGGAGAAGGGGAAGGGAGACGUGCAGAUGGAGAUCACCUGGGAGCCAGGUCUCAAGGAAACCACGGAGACGAUUUUGAAGAAGAAGAAGAAGCACAAGGACUCAACAGUUUGGGAGGAGUAUCUGGAGAAACGGAAAGAGAAGAAGAUGAAGAAGCUGGAGGAACGGAAGAACAAAAAGAAAAUGUGGGAACAAGAUGAUCAGUUUAUGGAUGAUAAUGAUGACAACAGUGAAGAGGAUACGGGGCCACAGGAGGGGGAGCUGGCAUUUAGUGACGAUGAGGUACCUGGAGGUGUGGACUCGUUCAUGAUGGCUGGAGAAGACUUGGGGAAGAAAAAUAACAAGAAGAAAGACAAAAAGAAUAAAAUGGGUAAAAAGCAUAAAGAGUCCCCUGAUCCUGAUGACCCCCAGAAGAUUGCGGAGUUGUCUCUCCUGAUGAUGGGGGGUGGGGAAGAAGAGGGCAAGAAACACUUUAACUUUAACGACCUGGUUGAGGAGGAAGGACAGAAGAAGAAGAAGAAAAAGAUGAAAAAGAGGGAGGAAAUGAAGGGAAUAGGGAAGGAGUCAGAGGAGGACUUUCAGGUCAAUGUGACCGACCCUCGUUUUUCUGCGGUCUACGAUUCUCACUUAUUCAACAUCGACCCCUCGGCUCCUGAAUUCCGCAAGACAAAGGGAACCGAGUUGAUGAUCUCAGAGAAGCUGAAGAGAAAUAGGGACCCAAAGAAAAAUAAAAGAGCAAAAAGUGACAAUAAUUUGGACAAAAGUAGUAGUAUCAUAAAGAAAGUGAAAUUGGAUGAGUCAGAUAAGUUGGCAAUGAAAGAUGAUAGUUUGGCAAACCUUGUUAAAUCUGUAAAGGCAAAAACUAAACAUUUUCAGACAAAUAAGGUGAAAAGAUAACUCAUAUGUGCCUCAUCACUCAGUUCUCACAUUUGCUCCCUCCCCUUUGAUGAAGUGUCAUAUAGCCGUUGCACCGUCCAUCGUAGGGUCCUGUUAUAUGUCUGAAAAUUCCUGUCUCAGCCAUAAUUUUGACAUAUAUUGAUGGAUUUUGUAUUGUUCAUGGCACUAAUUUAAACAUAAGUGGAUGUGUCUUGCAACACCAGUCUCCUUUGAGGUCAAGCUCACUUUUGGAGAUCAAAUGUCGAAUUUUGCUAUAUAGCAGAUUGAAAUUUCCCGUGUCAGACAUAUCUUUGCCAUACAUUUAUGGAUUUUAAAAGUAGCAAAAUGUUAACCAUCAUCAGACGAUGUGUCACGUGUAACACCUUUCUCCCUACCUUAAAGGUCAAGGUUACCAUUAGAGGUCAAAGAUAAAUGUGGCUUUUUUGGUAAUUUUGUUGUUUAUCUUGCUUUUAAAUAAAGUUUUAAAUAACUUAGCACAAAUGGCCACCUUGAGGUGCAACCAGUCUGCUAACCACAAGUCAAAGUCAGUCUUAGUGGACUGUGGGGGCAUCCAUAUCCUAUGGAAACAUGUCCUGUUCAAGUAUUGUGUUAGCUGAUAUUUUGUUGACUUUUAUGUUUUCUUCAUAAAAACUGUAAACAAAAUAUCUUUAUUUUGUUGUGUUAUAUAAACAAACGUAGUUUAAAACGUAAUUAAUUAAAAAAAAUCAAACAAUUGUUGAUGAAAUAUAGUAAUGUAUUAUAAAGAUGAACACAUUUACUUGUGAGAAGCAUCAUACUUUGAAUUAAUCAUGAUUUGUAUCAUUAAGGAGUUUAUAAUAUAGAAAUGGAAUGUGUAAAGCUUUAUAUAUAGGAUAUUAUACGUAUUGGAAUUACUUAAAAAGAAAUAAAAGCAGCUGGAUUGCUAUUAUACAUAACAUAAAUAUUCAAACCAUGUUUCGGUAACGAGCCUUAUAUCAUGUAAGCUUUUCUCAAAUUAUUUGUAGAUUCAUUCAAAGCAAUUGCUUUUUGUUACAAGCAAAAAUAGUAUGAAAUGCCCUGUAUCAUAUCAUGUACUGGGUAAUAAUCAUUUGUGGUUGAUCUUUGAAAAGAUAUUGUCAUGUCCAGAUGAAUAAAAAACAGCCAAUAUGUGCAUGUGUACAAAAUGUCCACUGGUAAAUUUUGUUGAUGAUCAUUUGCACAACUUAUAUUUUAUAAGUAAUGGUUUAUAUGAUUAAUUAAAUUUUAACCAGGUUUUCCAAAGGAAAAAAAACUGGGGAAAAACUGGUUAUUAGAUUGGCGAAUGUCGGCGUGCGGGCGGGCUGGCGGAACAAGCUUGUCCGGGCCAUAACUUUGUCGUUCAUUGUGAGAUUUUGAAAUCAUUUGGCACAUUAGUUCACCAUCAUUAGACAGUGUGUCGCGUGAAUGAAUUACGUCGAUAUCUCCAAGGUUAAGGUCUCACUUGGAGUUCAAAGGUCAAAAAUGGCCAUAAAUGAGAUUGUCUGGGCCAUAACUAUGUCAUUCAUUGUGAGAUUUUAAAAUAAUUUGGCACAUUUCUUCACCAUCAUUGGACGGUGUUACGCGAAAGAAUUACGUUGAUAUCUCCAAGAUCAAGGUCGCCACGACUUAAAACAGAUUGAUUUUGAAACAAGGGGGGUAACAAUGAACAACCAGUAACAAUGCAAAUUUGGAGUUGUCUCCCUUUAUCAGACUUUUUAUCCCCCGCAAUAGGCGGAGGGAUACUGUUUUGGCGUUGUCCGUCCUUCCGUACGUCCGUCCGGAGCCAUAUCUUGGAAGUGCUAUGGCGGAUUUCGUUGAAACUUGGUAUGAGUAAAGAUAUGGAUAAAAGGAUGAUGCACGCCAAAUGGCAUUGUACACCAUCUGUUUAUAACGGAGUUAUGGCCCUUUGUGUCUUGAAAAAAUGCUUUUUUGAGUGUCAAAUAUAUCAUUUUUGUAUCCAGAAGCAUAUUGGCGGGGGAUAUCCAUUCAAUGAAUUUGCUUGUUUUUUUUUCAAAUUGAAAACCUGGUUUUGUGACAAUUUUGUCCCUUGUUAGGUACUGUCUUAUUGAGGAUUUAUUCAUAUUGACAAAACUAACAGACCAGAUAGCUUCAAGCAGUUUUAAAAGUCAUAGAAGUAUUUCCAUUUACUGAUGUGAACACUGCAUCUGCUGCUGUUAAUGUUUUUUACUGUUAAAAUUUGCAUAUUGUCAUUUUUUGAAGAUCAUAGUCAAUUUAUAAAUGCAGAUUUUGCUGAGUAAAAGUAAAUGCCAA